CGUGAGCCAGGGUCCCGGUCCCGGGCGUUGUUCGGGGGGUAGAAGCAAAUAAAAAUCUUCCGGAGGCUGAGAAAAGAAAAUUCGGAGAGAAUUUCGCUGAGGUAUCGAUUUUCAGUCAUCAUCUUUCGGAGGCGGUCGAACGUCGCGGGAUUGCCGUCCGGACCAAAUCAUCUCGCAGCCACGUUGGACUGCCCUGCUCGGCUUUCCUUCUCGUUCAUCGUCCGGUGAACCGCGUGGAUGUUCGCCCCUGCCUUCGAUCGGGAGAGCCCGAAAUGGUGCAUUCUCGUUGAAAGCUCCAUUGUCGACUUUCCUUCUCCCCAACGACGAUCUUCCAGGUUCUCUGCGAGACGGUCCGACUCGUAGAUUCCCUUCGGAAUUUGCAUCUCGGCGAGAAGUUCGUAUUCACGGACUCGCGAAGACUGAAGCUGACGACCCCUCGACAGUUGACAGCGAAAUGUUUGGGAUUUCUUAUGGCGAGCUCUUCCUCUUGAUCGGAGCAACCGCUGCCCUUAUUGGACCCAAGGACCUUCCUUUCAUAGCUAGAACCGCGGGCCGGUUGGCAGGUCGAGCCAUUGGGUAUGUUCAAUUAGCACGUGGGCAGUUUGAUUCUAUCAUGCAGCAGACUCAAGCCCGUCAGGUGCACAAGGAUCUACAGGACACGAUGGCCCAGUUGGAAGCCAUACGCCAUGAAAUCAGAAGCAUAACUUUCAUAAAUCCUGGCCCGUUAACUCGAAGGCUGGUGGACGAUCCAAAUAACACCUCUGUUGGCAGCAGUGACAAAUUGCCUGAAGCACCUACGGAAGGAGAUGCACAAAUAACUAACUUCACAAAGGGUUGUGGUACCACUGGAUCCAACCUAACUAAUAUGCAUAGCCAGGCAAUCAAAUAUGCAAAGUUGGCUGAAUCACCGGUGAUUAGGUCUGGUUCACCACAAAGCAAUACUGAGGCAGACAGACUUGAUGAUGAAUCUGGUAUUCCUACCAUUUUGCCCGUGUCAGCUGAAACUGCCGGUUUAUUGCCAAAUCGGAAAGAUGAUGUAAAAGGAUCUGACAUUGUGUUAGAGGCCAUGUUGGAGGCAGAGGUGGCUCACAAUGCCAAAGAAUUUUUCUCUCAACCCCAAAAUCAAAUUAAACAGGAGUGAGAAGGGUGUUAAAAUGUUGGGUAGUGGGGAAGGAAAGGCAUGUCACUUUCGACCAUCAUGUAGAGUUUUUCUUCCUCAUCCAUGGGCGAACAAUUAAUAUACAGGGAGCGUCGUCGGCUCCCUCUCUCAUAAUUGCGGUUCUCACAUGGGUGGGAGUGUGGAACACUUUUGAGAGUGCCUUUUUACACCCCUUGGUUACCUACCUGUUCCGGUUGGAGGUCCUCCAGGCCGGAAAUGGUGCUAGAGCAACGAUAUUGAGCAAAGAAUGGGGAAUUCAAUUCCACCAUAAAGGACAUGAAUCGUUUAUUGUAUAGGUCAGAUAAAUUCAAUGAUUGUUGCAAUCCCCGUUU